AUGGUGACUUCUGGAUUGGGCUCAGGAGGCGCGAGGAGAACCAAAGCAAUGGCACAGCCUGCCAGGGCCUUUACGCUUGGACCGACGGCAGCACAUCACCGUUCAGACAUCAUAUGGAACUGGUAUGUGGAUGAGCCUUCGUGUGGCAGCGAGGUCUGCGUGGUCAUGUACCAUCAGCCAUCGGCGCCUGCUGGCGUCGGCGGCCGCUACAUGUUCCAGUGGAAUGACGACCAGUGCAACAUGAAGAAUAAUUUCAUUUGCAAAUACUCCGAUGAGAAGCCAACAGCGCCUUCCACAAAGCCGGGAGGUGAAGGAACAGAGCCAGCAACACCCAUGCUUCCAGAAGACACCGGGAAAGAAGAUGCCAAAGAGACUUUUAGAGGAAACAAAGAAGCUGCCUUAACUCUCACUUACAUUCUAAUCCCCAGCAUCACCCUUCUCCUCGUGGUCAUCACAGUUGUGUGCUGGGUUUGGAUCUAUAGAAGGAGGAAACGGGAGCAGCCAGGCCCCAGCACGAAGGAGCCGCACGCCAUCUGGCCCGCGCCGCACCCGGGGAACAGCCCAGACCUAGAGGUUUACAACAUCAUCCGAAAACAAAGUGAAGCCGAUUUAGCUGAGACCCGGCCAGACCUGAAGAACAUUUCAUUCCAAGUGUGUUCGGGAGAAGCCACUCCCGAUGACGUGUCCUGUGACUAUGACACCAUGGCGGUGAACCCAUCCGAAAGUGGAUUCGUGACUCUGGCGAGCGUGGAGAGUGGCUUUGUGACCAAUGACAUUUACGAGUUCUCCUCGGACCGAACGGGGAGGAGCAAGGAGUCGGGAUGGGUGGAAAAUGAAAUAUACGGUUAUUAGGACAUGACAAACACUUGGACAAACGGAAAUGGGAAAGAAAAGAGGGGCGUGAGGAAAAGACCCAGAAUGUCUGAAAAUGCUCAGUUCAGGUCCUGGAGGGGAAGCAGGGGAAGCAUGUGAUCCCCGGUAGCCCCUGUUGCAUCCCUGAGUUUGGCCAAAUCUCUGACCCCAGCUUCUCAGGCAGAUCAACCUUAUGAGAAAGCACCUUGCCCCCAGUCAGGCACAGAGUAGAAAAUAAAUAUCACGCAAUUGGUUAUAUUCGACUUUCAAGGGACAGCGCCUUCCCUAGCAGGGAAGGUCAAGGCUAUGGGACUUGGGAAAGCCUUGUCUGGGUUCUGGUUUUCUUGCUGUGCUCUGGACGGCAGCACAUAACAUCACAAGGAGACAGAAAUUACAGAAUCUUUUCAAAGCCCACGUACUCUGGCAUCGGGCGGCCUGUGCAGGGGCGAAUCUUAGAUCUGUUUUGUUUUGUUUUGUUUUUCCAAAGAAUCAAAUCAAAUCAAAGGCAGGAAACAGAAUGUUAGUCUGUCUGUGUCUACAGCCCUUCCUCUGCAUGUAGCCUCAGGGGACCUCUUUUUCUUUCUCCUCACAUCCAAACUUGGACAUAUCCAACUUGGAAAUACUUUACAAACUAAAACUGGAAUUUGA